AUGUUUUCCUCUUUGCAAAUAAUAUGGUUUCCCAUUUCGGCGGUGUUCAGUCUAGUACUGAGACUCCUGUGGUAUCGAACGCCUCCCAAAGAUGAUAUCGAGAUCCUUGAGAGACCAUCUACUUUGAGAUCAAAAAGCUUCGACUCAAUCGCGACUACAAUCAAGCAGGAUUCAUCGCACGUCAAGGUUGUUGAAGUGGCGAAAGAUUGUUCUGAAAAUGCGGCCAAGGAAUGCGGAGGUGGUAAUGGGUAA